AUGCUUCACAGCUCCGGCUCCUGGGGCGUCCCGCUGUGGAGUUCCCAGCCCAAGUGUGUAGAGGAGGAGGAGGUCAGAGUGUGUGUAGAGGAGGAGGUCAGAGUGUGUGUAGAGGAGGAGGAGGUCAGAGUGUGUGUAGAGGAGGAGGAGGUCAGAGUGUGUGUAGAGGAGGAGGUCAGAGUGUGUGUAGAGGAGGAGGAGGUCAGAGUGUGUGUAGAGGAGGAGGAGGUCAGAGUGUGUGUAGAGGAGGAGGUCAGAGUGUGUGUAGAGGAGGAGGUCAGAGUGUGUGUAGAGGAGGAGGUCAGAGUGUGUGUAGAGGAGGAGGUCAGAGUGUGUGUAGAGGAGGAGGUCAGAGUGUGUGUAGAGGAGGAGGUCAGAGUGUGUGUAGAGGAGGAGGUCAGAGUGUGUGUAGAGGAGGAGGUCAGAGUGUGUGUAGAGGAGGAGGUCAGAGUGUGUGUAGAGGAGGAGGAGGUCAGAGUGUGUGUAGAGGAGGAGGAGGUCAGAGUGUGUGUAGAGGAGGAGGUCAGAGUGUGUGUAGAGGAGGAGGAGGUCAGAGUGUGUGUAGAGGAGGAGGAGGUCAGAGUGUGUGUAGAGGAGGAGGUCAGAGUGUGUGUAGAGGAGGAGGUCAGAGUGUGUGUAGAGGAGGAGGUCAGAGUGUGUGUAGAGGAGGAGGUCAGAGUGUGUGUAGAGGAGGAGGUCAGAGUGUGUGUAGAGGAGGAGGUCAGAGUGUGUGUAGAGGAGGAGGAGGUCAGAGUGUGUGUAGAGGAGGAGGAGGUCAGAGUGUGUGUAGAGGAGGAGGAGGUCAGAGUGUGUGUAGAGGAGGAGGUCAGAGUGUGUGUAGAGGAGGAGGUCAGAGUGUGUAGAGGAGGAGGAGAGGAGGAGGUCAGAGUGUGUGUAGAGGAGAAGGUCAGAGUGUGUAGAGGAGAAGGUCAGAGUGUGUGUAGAGGAGGAGUCAGAGUGUGUGUAGAGGAGGAGGUCAGAGUGUGUGUAGAGGAGAAGAGGAGUGAGUGUGUAGAGGAGGAGGAGGUCAGAGUGUGUGUAGAGGAGGAGGAGGUCAGAGUGUGUGUAGAGGAGGAGGUCAGAGUGUGUGUAGAGGAGGAGGUCAGAGUGUGUGUAGAGGAGGAGGUCAGAGUGUGUGUAGAGGAGGAGGUCAGAGUGUGUGUAGAGGAGGAGGAGGUCAGAGUGUGUGUAGAGGAGGAGGUCAGAGUGUGUGUAGAGGAGGAGGUCAGAGUGUGUGUAGAGGAGGAGGUCAGAGUGUGUAGAGGAGGAGGAGAGGAGGGAGAGGUCAGAGUGUGUGUAGAGGAGGAGGAGGUCAGAGUGUGUGUAGAGGAGGAGGUCAGAGUGUGUGUAGAGGAGGAGGUCAGAGUGUGUGUAGAGGAGGAGGUCAGAGUGUGUGUAGAGGAGGAGGUCAGAGUGUGUGUAGAGGAGGAGGUCAGAGUGUGUGUAGAGGAGGAGGUCAGAGUGUGUGUAGAGGAGGAGGUCAGAGUGUGUGUAGAGGAGGAGGUCAGAGUGUGUGUAGAGGAGGAGGUCAGAGUGUGUGUAGAGGAGGAGGUCAGAGUGUGUGUAGAGGAGGAGAGGAGGAGGUCAGAGUGUGUAGAGGAGGAGGUCAGAGUGUGUGUAGAGGAGAAGGUCAGAGUGUGUGUAGAGGAGGAGGAGGUCAGAGUGUGUGUAGAGGAGGAGGUCAGAGUGUGUGUAGAGGAGGAGGUCAGAGUGUGUGUAGAGGAGGAGGUCAGAGUGUGUGUAGAGGGAGGAGGAGGUCAGAGUGUGUGUAGAGGAGGAGAGGAGGAGGUCAGAGUGUGUGUAGAGGAGGAGGUCAGAGUGUGUGUAGAGGAGGAGGAGAGGAGGAGAGGAGGAGGUCAGAGUGUGUGUAGAGGAGGAGGAGUCAGAGUGUGUGUAGAGGAGGAGGAGGUCAGAGUGUGUGUAGAGGAGGAGGUCAGAGUGUGUGUAGAGGAGGAGGUCAGAGUGUGUGUAGAGGAGGAGGAGGUCAGAGUGUGUGUAGAGGAGGAGGAGGUCAGAGUGUGUGUAGAGGAGGAGGUCAGAGUGUGUGUAGAGGAGGAGGAGGUCAGAGUGUGUGUAGAGGAGGAGGUCAGAGUGUGUGUAGAGGAGGAGGAGGUCAGAGUGUGUGUAGAGGAGGAGGUCAGAGUGUGUGUAGAGGAGAAGGUCAGAGUGUGUGUAGAGGAGGAGGUCAGAGUGUGUGUAGAGGAGGAGGUCAGAGUGUGUGUAGAGGAGGAGGUCAGAGUGUGUGUAGAGGAGGAGGAGGUCAGAGUGUGUGUAGAGGAGGAGGUCAGAGUGUGUGUAGAGGAGGAGGUCAGAGUGUGUGUAGAGGAGGAGGUCAGAGUGUGUGUAGAGGAGAAGGUCAGAGUGUGUGUAGAGGAGGAGGAGGUCAGAGUGUGUGUAGAGGAGGAGGAGGUCAGAGUGUGUGUAGAGGAGGGGAGGUCAGAGUGUGUGUAG